AUGGCGGAGGAGGGGAGGUCGCUGGCGGAGACGCCGACGUGGUCCGUGGCCACGGUCACCACGCUCAUGGUCGCCGCAUGCUUCCUCAUCGAGCGCUCGCUCUCACGCCUCGCCAAGUGGCUGCGGAAGACGAAGCGGAAGGCCAUGCUCGCCGCACUCGAGAAGAUCCGCGAAGAACUGAUGCUGCUCGGCGUGAUAUCGCUGCUGCUGAGCCAGACGGCCAGGUGGAUAUCGGAGAUCUGCGUGCCAUCGACACUCUUCACCAGCAAAUUCUAUAUGUGCACAGAGGAGGAUUUCGCCGAUCUGGACCAACAUGGGGACUCCGCUAACGAUACCCACAUUGCUAGAAUCCUAGUUGGCGGCCAGUCGAUGCAUGUUUGCGAUGAGGGUCACGAACCUUUUGUUUCAUAUGAGGGUCUUGAGCAGCUGCAUCGCUUUCUGUUUAUUCUUGGUUUUACUCAUGUGCUUUACAGUUUCGUGACAGUGGUUCUGUCGAUGAUUAAGAUAUAUAGCUGGAGGAAGUGGGAAACUCAAGCAUCUACACUCUCAAGGGAGCAGUUGCAACCUAGGAGAAAGGUUAUGCGAAGGCAAUCUACCUUUGUUUUUCAUCAUGCAUCUCACCCAUGGAGCAAAAGUAAAAUACUUCUUUGGAUGUUGUGCUUUCUGCGCCAAUUUAAGGGUUCUAUUAAAAAAUCAGAUUACAUGGCAUUAAGGUUGGGCUUUAUCACAUAUCAUAAGUUGCCGCAUUCGUACGACUUCCACAAAUACAUGGUACGGAGCAUGGAAGAUGAUUACAAUGGAAGUGUUGGUAUCAGUUGGCCACUUUGGGCUUAUGCAAUAAUAUGCAUCUUUGUCAAUGUUCAUGGUCUUAAUAUAUAUUUCUGGCUAUCAUUUGCCCCUGUCAUUAUCGUCCUGCUUGUGGGCACUGAGCUGCAGCAUGUUGUCGCUCAGUUGGCACUGGAGGUUGUUGAGGCAACAGCCACAAAUGUUGGAACACAACUGAAACUGCGGGAUGAUCUCUUCUGGUUUGGAAAACCUCGGGUUCUGUGGUGGCUUAUACAGUUCAUCUCGUUCCAGAAUGCCUUUGAGAUGGCGACAUUCUUAUGGUCUCUGUGGGAACUGAGUGCAAAUUCUUGCUUCAUGAAGAACCAGUACAUGGUUGUUAUUCGCUUGGCUUCUGGGCUGCUUGUUCAAGUUUGGUGCAGCUACAGUACACUGCCUCUUAACGUGAUUAUCUCCCAGAUGGGUUCCAAGUUCAAGAAGUCACUGGUCUCCGAGAGCGUGAGGGACUCCCUCCACAGCUGGUGCAAGAGGAUCAAAGACAGGAGGCACAACCCGCUCUUCAUGCGGAACGGGACACUCACGUCGAGGUCGGUCUGCUCCCUCGACACGACCAUCUACGAGACUGACCACGAGACUAACACGGUGUGCACGCUGUCGAGGACUGUGUCGGCGUCCUCCCUGGACGAGGCGCUGACUGUGGUCACUGUUGAUGACGACGAGGAGAUCUCUCACAUCGAGCAAGAUAUUCAACACCCUUAG